AUGGUGGUAUUUUUGCUGCGGAAGCUUUUGCUCCUUUCUCACAAGGUAUGCAAGACUCAUGUUGUUCAGUGCAGGAUCAGAGAUCCACAUCCUCCACUUCAAGAGUAUCAUCAGUCAGGAGACCUCUUUGUUGGUGGUGUUGCUUCUCUGAGCUUCAACAUCAAUCCAAUAGACUUCACAGAAUAUUCCCAGCUGGCAGUGUUUGAAGACCUUAUAGUUGUAACUAAGAAUUACCAACACAUCCUGGCCUUGGCCUUUGCAGUAAAGGAGAUCAAUGAAAACCCUCAGAUAUUACCCAAUUCCUCCUUGGGCUUCCACAUCUUUGACAGCUAUUUCAAUGCAAGAUGGACCUACGAUGUCACAAUGCGACUUACCUCUUCACAAGACCAAUUUGUCCCCAACUACAAAUGUGAUACCCAGAAUAAUCUGAUAGCAAUCAUCGGAGGGCUGGACAGUGACAUCUCACUUCAUGUUGCCACUAUACUGGGCACUUACAAGGUUCCACAGCUCACCUAUGGCUCUGCUUCAGUGAUGAAGGACAAAUCUCCAGGCUAUUCCAUUUACCAGAUGGCUCCGAAUGAAAGACUUCAGUAUGUUGGGAUCACAGCUUUGCUGCUGCAUUUCAAGUGGACUUGGGUCGGGAUUUUUUUGAUGGAUGACGACAAUGGAGAAAGGGUGGUGCAAACGUUGUCUUCAAUGUUUUCCCAGCAUGGUAUUUGUAUUGCUCUGAUAGAAAGAAGUCCCAGGUCAAAUUUUGUGGGUGGGAUUUCAGACAUGAUGGACCAGGGUGCAAAAUCAUAUGUCAAAAUCAUGGAGAGCAAAGCCAAUGUAUUUGUGUUUUUUGGACAAUCUUAUUCUGUCAAUGAUUUGAGAUGGUUGCCACAGCUGUCAGAAAGACACUGGGAAACCAAAGGUAAAGUGUGGAUACUGUCAGCUCAAAUGGAGCUAGUUUCAAUGCUCUAUCAAAGGACUUGGGAUGCAGACAUAAUCCAUGGUGUUCUGUCUUUCACCGUUCACUCCAAUGAUCUUCCAGAGUUUCAGAAAUUUGUUAAGAACCAAAACCCUUUGAACACAAAAGGAGAUGGCUUUAUCCAGGACUUCUGGCAUCAUGCUUUCAACUGUGUAUUCCAAGAUGAAGCUCUGGAUGAGUUGGAAGGCGAUAUCUGCACAGGGGAAGAGAAACUGGAAAGUCUACCUGGGCCUUUUUUUGAAAUGAGCAUGACUAGCCACAGCUACAGCAUCUACAGUGCUGUCUAUGCCGUGGCCCAUGCUCUCCACGACUUCCUCAGAGGGGUUGCAUUUAACGACAGCGUCGGGAACAAAGUUUCAUUGAAUGAGAAUGGGGAAUUGGAAGCUGGAUAUGACAUUAUGAAUUGGGUUAUUUCCUCCAACCAAUCCUUUCACAGGUUGAAAGUGGGGAAAGUGGAUCCUUGGACUGCUCCAGCACGUGCAUUCACCAUCAAGGAGAAAGAUAUAACAUGGCCGAGCUUUAUUAACCAGGCCCAGCCGAUUUCUGUGUGCAGUGAGAGUUGCCAUCUUGGUUACAGCAAGCAAGUGAAGGAGGGAGAGCAAUUUUGCUGCUAUGACUGCAUCGCAUGCCCAGAAGGAAAGAUUUCCAACCAGAAGGACUCGAAUGACUGCUAUAAAUGCACAGAUGAACAAUUUCCAAGCAAAAACCAGGAUUUUUGUAUUUCCAAGUACAUCACCUUCUUGUCUUAUGAAGAACCUUUGGGACUCAGCUUAGCCCUCUUUGCUCUUUCUCUCUCUUUGAUCACAGCUCUGGUGUUGGGAACAUUUAUCAAGCACCACAACACUCCACUUGUCAAAGCCAACAACCGGAGCCUCUCCUACACUCUCCUCGUCUCCCUUCUGCUCUGCUUCCUGUGUUCUUUGCUAUUCAUUGGCCAGCCUGAGAUGGUGACCUGCCUCCUGCGCCAGACUGCUUUUGGCACUAUCUUUUCAGUGGCGAUUUCUUGUGUACUGGCCAAGACCAUUACUGUGGUUCUGGCUUUCAUGGCUACCAAACCAGGAAGCAGGAUAAGGAAAUGGGUGGGGAAAAGACUGGCCAACUUCAUUGUUCUUUCCUGCUCUCUUGUCCAAGGAGGAAUUUGUGCUCUUUGGCUAGCAACGUCUCCUCCAUUCCCAGAUGUUGACAUGUACUCAGUCACUGAAGAAGUUAUACUGGAAUGUAAUGAAGGAUCCUUGAUUCUGUUUUACUGUGUGUUGGGCUACAUGGGUUUCCUGGCCAUUGUUAGCUUCAUUGUGGCUUUCCUUGCCAGGAAGCUACCUGAUUCUUUCAACGAAGCCAAAUUUAUCACCUUCAGCAUGUUGGUGUUUUGUAGUGUUUGGUUAUCCUUUGUUCCAACCUACUUGAGCACCAAAGGAAAAUCCAUGGUAGCUGUGGAGAUCUUCUCUAUCUUAACUUCCGGUGCUGGUUUGCUUAGUUUAAUUUUUGCUCCCAAAUGCUAUAUAAUUUGGCUGAGGCCUGAAUUAAAAAGUCUACAGUUUCCAAUGAAUAAGAAAAACCAUGACCACCAACUAUACAGGAGACAUUGUUUGCUUACAUGA